AAAGGAAAGAGGAAAGGAUACAUUCCAUAAUCUAUAAUAGGAAGGGAUUGGGAAAACUCCUCUUGGAUUUAUUAAGAGCUGAGCAUUUUUGUUGGAGAAACUUCAAGCUUCUAGAGAGGUUUUUGUGGGUCUUUCUUGACUCCCCCAAGAGCUGAGAAUUUUGAAAAUUGGAGGGAAGAGAGGUUUAUAUUGAUUUCUGGGACAUGGGUUUUCUAUAUUUAUAUGUUAUGUGAGAGAUGGGAUUGAGAAAUUCUAAAAUUUCCGACUUCUAGAGGGAUAAGCAUUGAAGUUUCUGACUUGGGUUUUGACAUUUAAAAGCUGUGAUUAAGAGGUUUUCUUCUUAUUUGACAUGGAUGUUGUUUUUUGAAGCUUGUGAAAGCUGAAGUUGAGGUAUUUGCAUUGACGUUGGAGGAAUUUGCAUUGAGGAUUUCCUUACAUAGGUUUCUUUUAUUUAUUUAUUUAAGACUCUUGAAAGCUCUGCUGAGGUUAGAGAGGAAUUGGAUCUGAAGGUAUUGGGUUUGAGAGGGUUUUAGGCUUUGGAGUUAUUUUAUUUGAGAAGUUUGAGUUGGGUUUGGUUUGUGAAGGCCUUUAAAGGUUGGAAUUCGAAUUGAGAAAAGAGAGAGAUUCGGUUUCUCAAUAUUAAGAGGAUUUUGGUCUGUUUUGCUAGUCAAAACUAGGGGAGUGGAUUGCUCAAGCUUUGUUUUAAAGAUGGAUACGAAAUGCACAAGAUUCCUAGUGCUUCUAGGAUUCAUGGUGGUAUUUUCAGCCUCAGUCUUCAGAGAAAUUACGGCUUAUACACCUGGGGAGUCUUUGCACCAGGAGAUUUCAACCACACCUUUUGAACUAGGCAGGAAGUUGGCAGAAGGAGAAAACAGUAGAGAAACAGGAAAACCCUUAGCUGAUACAGUGAGGAUUGAUCCUUUGGAUAAGCUCAAAAAAUAUAGAGGUGGCUACAAUAUCUCUAACAAGCAUUAUUGGAGUUCUACAGCAUUCACAGGUAAAUAUGGGUACGGCGUUGCAGCGCUGUGGCUUUUAGGAGGUGUCAUAUAUGCCGGAUUUCUACUCGGGAGUAUGUGUUGCCUCAACAAGAGAAGGAGACUUCAAAAGAGAACUACUUGCACUAGGCAUUGUUACUUCUGGCCCAUUCUCCUGGGAUUUCUCUUCACAUUUCUAGCCAUAAUUGCAUCUGGAGUGGUACUUGGUGGCAAUGCAAGAUUCAAUUCAAGGGCGACUACGGUGAAAAACAUCAUCAUAGACACUGCCAACGGGGCAGCGGAGGCUAUAUACAAGGUGACAGGAGCCAUAAAAGCCAUGCAGGAGAAUGCAGGGCUCGAGGACCCCACCGGCCGAUUGAAUUCCACAUCACGACGGCUUAACAGGGGUGCCGCCGACAUACAAAGACAAGCAAGGAAGAAUAGGCGUUGGGUCAACAUAGGCCUGAAAAUAAUGUAUGCAACAACUACCGUCAUUGUUUCACUGAAUCUGAUCGCCAUCCUCGCCUUAUCAGUUUCGGGAUUCCUACGAUUGCGCAAGCCUCUUUACCUGCUUAUAAUCCUCUGCUGGAUAUUCACAUUUCUCUUUUGGAUGUAUUUUGGGGUGUAUUUCUUCCUAGAAAAGUUUGCAGGCGACACGUGUACGGCUCUUGUGGAGUACCAGCAAGAUCCCCGUAACAGCAGCUUGAGCUCGAUCCUUCCCUGUGACGACCUGCUUUCCGCAGAAUCAGUGCUGCUCGAUGCUAAAGCAGGGAUCCAUGACCUCAUAGACCAGGUGAAUGCCAAUAUUUCAGCGCCACCGGCAUCAUUCCUUCUGAAUCAGGCCCGCAUCUGCAACCCGUUCUCGGAUCCACCAAAUUACACUUACCAACCUGAAAACUGUCCAAACAAUACAAUCCGAAUAGGAGAUAUUCCCCAGAUCUUGGAAAGAUUUGCUUGCUUAGGCGGCAACAACGGAACAUGCAGAGCAGGAGAAAUCAUUCCUGCUACCACUUACAACACUAUCGAAGCCUACACAAGAUCGAUUCAGAAUCUACUCGAUGCCAUUCCCGGUAUGGAAAGCCUGGUAGACUGUCAAGUAGUGAAAGAUGCGAUCAACAAGAUCCUUUCCGAACAAUGCAAACCGGUGAAGAAGUUCAUUCGAAUGGUGUGGGCUGCAACGUUAGUUCUCUCGGUGAUCAUGGUGGGUUUGGUUCUGACAUGGACGACAAAAGCUCAUCAUAAUCGAAGCAGACAUUUCUCGGAUGGGUCUGUGAAACCUCAUUCGACAACGACCAAUGAGUUGCCAUCUGAUCCAACUGUAGCAGAUGUCAAACGGACAGAACUCAAAUUGGAACCAUAGUCGAAAUACAAUUAGUUGGGAAACAUCUAGCUACCCAAAGUACAUAGAAUUCCAGAGACAAAAAGAAAAAAAUACAGGUUUUAGAGAGAGGUAAUAUAGCAAAAGGAGGAAAAAAUAAAUAAAUUUAAUUGGUUUAAGAUCCAGAAGGAUUGUAUUUAAUAGAAGCAGUAAGUGGGGAGCUAGAGUAGGAGCAGCAGAGAUGAAAUGUGGGAAGCUAUUUUAUUGCUUGAAGCAUUUGGGAGUUAACCAGUUUCCAUUCAUGCAGAUGGAUGAGGUUGCAGUCAAGAGGUGGAGACUCCAAUCCAAAUACGAGAGUCUGCCCUGCCGAUUCUUUUCCCUGACGCUGAAAUCAGCUGAUUUUACCCAAAGAUUGAGUUUGUAAAAUGCAAUGAAUAAGUAAAUCAAAUUUCUUUGUUCUUUUUAA